CUGAAGUGUUAUUUCUUUCACAUGUGUAAAAUUUCGACGUUGUUUGACAGAAGGGAUCUCAGCUAGUAUUUGAGAAUAAAGUUGUCUUACUUAGUUGUGUUUUUAAAAUUUUGUUAAGCAUUACAAAUGGCAGAAAAUAAGGAGCAUUUUCGACAUAUUAUGCUUUUUUAUUUCCGAAAAGGCAAGAAUGCUUCGCAGACACAAAAAAAGAUAUGUUCUGUGUAUGGUGAGGGAGCCAUUGAUGAUUCCACGUGCCGUAAGUGGUUUAGAAAGUUUCGUGAAAGCAAUUUUAACCUUAGCGAUGCACCACGUUCUGGACGACCAGCCGAGGCUGAUGACGACAAAAUAUUGGCACUAAUUGAAAGUGAUCGACACAAAACAACUCGAGAGAUUGGAGAAAUUCUUGGAAUCAAUCAGUCAACAGUGUCAAGGCGAUUACAUCAACUUGGAAUGGUAAGCAAGGCCGAUGUAUGGGUGCCGCACGAGUUAACAGAAAAAAAUUUGAUAGACCGAAUUUCUGCUUGCGAUUCUCUAUUGAAGCGCAAUGAAAUUGACCCAUUUUUAAAGCGAAUCAUUACAGGUGAUGAAAAAUGGAUUGUGUACAAUAAUGUUAAGCGUAAAAGAUCAUGGUGUAAGCACGGAGAUGCCCCUUCAACCAGCGCAAAAGCCAGUUUACAUCCAAAGAAGGUUAUGCUAUGCAUUUGGUGGGACUGGAGGGGAAUCAUUUAUUAUGAGCUGUUACCUGAAAAUCAGACCAUUAAUUUAGAGAAAUACUGUUCACAACUAAGUGAAUUAAAGCGAGCAAUUGACCAGAAGCGACCUGAAUUAGCCAACAGAAAGGGCAUUGUGUUUCAUCAAGACAAUGCUAGACCACACGUGUCUUUGGCCACCCAACAAAAACUUUUACAACUUGAUUGGGAUGUUUUGGUCCAUCCACCAUACUCUCCUGACCUUGCACCCUCUGACUACCAUUUAUUUAGAUCACUUCAAAACAGCUUAGAUGGUAAAAACUUUACUUCCUUGGAAGACUUGAAAAAUCACCUGGAUCAGUUUUUCAGCCAGAAAUUUCAGAAAUUCUAUGAGCAUGGGAUUAUGCAGCUACUAGAGAGAUGGAGAAAGGUCAUUGAACAGAAUGGCACAUACUAUAUUGAUUAAAUGUAAGUUUUAGUAAAUUAAAUUUUUCUUUGAUUCUUUUUAAAAAAAACGGGACGAACUUUUGCAUCAACCCAAAUAUAUGAAACAAAGGACUAAUGCAAAACAUGGGAUUACAUUCCAGAAGUUAAUAAAAGUAUACUUUUCUUUUUCAUCACUAAGAGAAAUAUGUCUAUUAAAGCAGUCAAUACUUUAUUGCCGAUCAAUAA